AUUUUAAGUGUGUAUUUUAAUUUUAAAAUAAAAAAAAUCCAAACAUGCAAAACAGAUCUUGGAUAUCUAGGUCAAAACUACUUUUUGCAGUUUUAAUAGUAAUUUUAUUAAUAACAUCUCUAACAUUGGGUUUAUAUUUUGGACUUAGUGAAAAAGAAAAUAUUUCAAACUUCCUUGAAGAUGAGCCGUUUAGUACGUCGUUUAAACAUGCUGCAGUGGUCACAAAUGGAAGAGAAUGUGCAGCUAUUGGAAAAGAUAUACUAAUAAGAGGUGGAUCUGUUGCUGAUGCAGCAAUUGCAACUCUAUUAUGUGAAGGUGUUGCAUGUUUCCAAAGCAUGGGAAUUGGUGGUGGAUUUCUCUUAACAAUUUAUGAUCGUAAGAAGAAUAUCAUUGAAACAUUAAAUGCGAGAGAAGUUGCUCCAUUAGCUGCACAUAAGGAUAUGUAUAAGAGAAAUGCAACACUUUCAUCUGUUGGAGGUUUAGCAGUUGCUGUGCCAGGUGAAAUAAAAGGCUAUGAAUCAUUAUACAACAGAUAUGGUGGAAAAUUACCCUGGAAAGAGCUAUUUGAUCCAACCAUAAAAUUGUGCCGUGAAGGAAUUUUAAUUACAAAUUAUACCGGUAAAAUAUUAAAAUCUAAAGAAAAGCGAAUUCUUAGCGAACCUAGCCUGAGAGAAAUAUUUGUAGAUCCUAAAACAAACCGAGUAUGGAAAGCUGGUGAUAAAAUGAAAAGAUUGAAAUUAGCUGAAACUUUAGAAACAAUUGCUUUGGAAGGUGCUCAAGCUCUUUAUACAGGCAAAAUAGCUCAAGACCUGGUAGAUGAUAUUAAGGCGUUUAAUGGCAUUAUUGAGUUGGCCGAUCUCGAAAAAUAUGAGCCAAAAUGGGGAGAUCCAAUUUCAUUUAAUUUUACUGGUAAAAGUGGUGAAAUUUAUAAAAUGUUUUCAUCACCAUUACCUGGCAGUGGUUCCGUUUUAAAAGUUAUUAUGAAUAUUUUAAAUAAUAUGUCUGGUGAUUUCUUACCGCAUGAACUGUCCAAUAACCUAACAUGGCAUCGAAUUGUUGAAAGUUUCAAGCAUGGCUAUGGAAUACGUACACACUUAGGUGAUUCGGACUUUGUACCAAAUAUGAAUGAGUUCAUUGAAAAUGUAACUAGUCAGAAUUAUAUAAAUCAGCUUCGAUUGAAAAUUCAUGAUAAGUACACAAUAAAUGAUCCUGCAUAUUAUGGUGCUGACUUUGAACAAGUAGAAGAUCAUGGUACAGCAAAUAUUGGAUUAAUUGCUCCAAAUGGUGAUGCAAUUGUAGCAACGGGAACAAUCAAUUUAAUAUUAGGUGCAUUCAUUCGAUCAGUAAAAACUGGAAUCAUUUUAAACGAUGAAAUGGAUGAUUUUUCGAAUCCAUGGGCGGAUAAUUCAUUUGGACUCAAACCCUCACCAGCAAAUUUUAUAAUGCCCCAAAAACGACCGUUAUCAUCAAUGUGUCCAUCAAUUGUGCUUGAUGAAAAUGGUGAUGUUCAAUUGCUCAUUGGUGCUGCGGGUGGUUCAAAGAUAACAACUUCCGUGGCAUUAGUUACUAUACGGAAUUUAAUUUAUAAACAACCAAUUGUGGAAGCUUUAUGUGCUGAACGAUUACAUCAUCAAUUAUACCCGAUGAAAAUUUACAUGGAAUAUGGUUUUAGUGAGCAAUUAAUAAAAAGUUUAUUAUUAAAACAACAUAAAGUUUCCUUAUCAAAUCCAAAUGAUGGAUUUGCAGCUGUAACAGCCAUAUCAAGAGAAAACAAUUCGUUUGUACCAUUUUCAGAUAUACGACGUAAUGGUAGUGUAGCUGGAUUUUAAUUUAGAAUGGAAAAAUUAAUAAAGAAAAAUUUGUA